GACGUCACUACGGUCGAAGGACAACAGACACAAACAAACCCCCAGGACAACCGAAAGACUUGAAAUUUGGGCAACGCACAGAAAACUGAACAAACAAACAUUUGAGGACAUUUAAGGACCAAAAAUGAAGCUCACACGCGGACGUUACACUUAUCUGUUGAUGCUUCAACUCUCACUACUCGCUGGAGAUUUGUUCUUCAAUGCCUUUGGGGCAUCCCUAGCCAAGAAUCAUCUACAGACAUCCAUAUUUUUCUUCGUCACGCAGGAUGCAUUGAUUAUUGUCGAGUAUUUACUCUUCACUUUGGCCCUGCAUUCGACGUGUGUCUAUCAAGUGGGAGCCUCGCAUAUUAUACUCAGGAAUUGCAAGCUCUUUCUGGGUAGCAUUACCAUAUAUUUUCUGCUUUCGGCCUCGCAGCAUUUCUGGAUAAUCUAUCAGAGUCGCUUGUCGGCGGCGGGAGAGGAUCAGAAUGGUCAGGAAUGGCCUUUGGGUCUCUAUGCCUUGGCUGUCAUCCAUAGGAUAAUGUCAGUUUUCUAUUAUUAUAGCUCCAAGUCGACGGCUUUGACAAUGGCAGAUCCACGCUAUAAGGAGGAACAUCUUGAUUGGAUUGCAGAGCAAUUGGGUGAUAAGUAAAGGGGAGGAAUCCAGGAAUAUAUGCCUGUAUAUUGGUAGAUAGCAGAAGUUCAAAGGAGGAGGAGCAUAAAAAAUGGGAGUAUAUUGAGUGAAAAAUUAAGAGAAAUUCAGUGUUUAAAAUAGAAGAAUUUUAAGCACUUAAAUUGUGAUGGAAAUGCGCAUAACCUAUGUAAUAAAUGUACAUAUAUUAUAAGUAAAUAUUAAACUUAUGUACAAAUCAAAAUUAUUAAAUCAUA